UGACGCGCCGAGGGGGCGGGGCUUGAGCACCCCAGAACCCGAGGCUCUUAAGAUGGCGGCUCCUAAGGAGGGUGUCUGGCGAGGUCGGCGGUUGCGCGAGGGACCGAGAAGCUGAGUGGCUUCGGCCACCGACAUGACUCGGGCCGGUCGGGCGAAAAUGCAAAACCUAAGAAACUGUUGGGCUGAUGAAUUUCUAUAAUAUAUUCUCAACAUUGUGAGAUUGACAAUGGAUAAAUGUAAGCAUGUAGGCCGACUGCGGCUUGCUCAGGACCAUUCAAUUGUGAAUCCUCACAAAUGGCAUUGUAUGGUAUGCAAUACUACAGAAUCUGUAUGGGCCUGUCUCAGUUGCUCUCAUGUUGCUUGUGGAAGAUAUAUUGAAGAACAUGCACUAAAGCACUUUCAGGAAAGCAAUCAUCCAGUAGCAUUGGAAGUAAAUGAGCUGUACAUUUUUUGCUACCUUUGUGAUGAUUAUGUUCUUAAUGAUAACACAACUGGUGACAUAAAACUUUUACGAAGUAUAUUAAGUGCAAUCAAGAGCCAGAAUUAUGACUGUACUACUCGGAGUGGUAGGAUUUUGCGAUCUAUGGGCAUAAGCGAUGAUCUUUCACAUAAUAAUGCUCAAGCUUUGCUUCGAAGUCAAGACCGUAUGUUCACAGCCCUGUGGCACAGGAGGCAUGCAUUAAUGGGCAAAGUAUUUAGAACUUGGUUUGAACUAACACCAACUGGGAAAAGGAUUUUAGAAGAAGAUAAGCUGUGUGAACAGGCAGAAGAAAGACGAGUCAAUGCUAGGAAGAAAAGAGAAGAGCGGAAACGUCAAUUGAAGGAGGAAAUGGAAAAAAUACCACCAAGGAAAAGCUUUCGCUUGCAAAAACAAAACAAAGAAUCUUCAGUCUGUGCACUAAAAAUGCCACAAAGUUUGGGCUCUGAUAUAGAGCUGAAAGUAACAGCUACCUCAGAUGAUGCAAAGUUAAAAAAAAGUAAUGACUCUCCAGCCAAACGAAGAUCUACUAUGACUCCUGGUGUGACAGGACUACGAAACUUGGGAAAUACUUGCUACAUGAACUCUAUUCUUCAGGUAUUGAGUCAUUUGUUCAUAUUUAGGGAAUGUUUUUUAAAGCUUGAUUUAAACCAAACACAAGAGUUGUUAGCAAUUGGAGCCAGUGGCAAAACAAGAUCAUCUACAAAGCAGCCUCUGUCUGCUAGCUUUGAUGUUCAAGAACACAAAACCUUUGGAAAGCACCAGACAUUUUCCACAAGGCGAUUUAGUACAUCAUCUGGUUUAAGUGGUGGUGGAUCAAGUAAUAGAAAUAUGGAACUUAUUCAGCCCAAGGAACCAAGUUCAAAGUACAUUUCUCUUUGUCAUGAAUUACAUACUUUGUUUCAAGUUAUGUGGUCUGGCAAGUGGGCAUUGGUGUCUCCUUUUGCCAUGCUCCAUUCUGUGUGGAGAUUAAUCCCAGCCUUCCAUGGUUAUGCCCAACAAGAUGCUCAGGAAUUUCUUUGUGAACUUUUGGAUAAAGUCCAACAAGAAUUGGAGACAGUUAGAUCAAAAAGCCCGACCCUCAUUCCAGCUUCUCAAAGGAAACUCAUUAAAAAAGUUUUGAAUGUGGUCAACACUAUUUUUCAUGGACAGCUUUUAAGUCAGGUAACAUGCCUUGCAUGUGACAACGAAUCAAAUACUGUAGAGCCUUUCUGGGACUUGUCAUUGGAAUUUCCUGAAAGAUACCACUGCAAUGGGAGAGAGACAACCUGUCAGUAUCCAUGCUUGUUGACAGAGAUGUUGGCCAAAUUUACAGAAACUGAAGCUUUAGAAGGGAAGAUAUAUGCCUGUAACCAGUGCAACACAAAACGAAGAAAAUUUUCUUCUAAACCUGUUCUACUCACAGAGGCACAGAAGCAGCUUCUGGUGUGCCACCUACCUCAGAUUCUGCGGUUACACCUUAAGCGAUUCAGAUGGUCAGGACGCAAUCAUCGUGAGAAGAUUGGUGUGCAUGUCAACUUUGAUGAGAUACUAAACUUGGAACCCUAUUGUUGCAGAAAAUCUCUAAAAUCCCUUGUGGCAGAUUACUUUAUUUAUGAUUUGUCUGCUGUUGUGAUGCAUCAUGGGAAAGGAUUUGGUUCAGGACACUACACUGCCUAUUGCUAUAAUUCAGAUGGAGGGUUCUGGGUACACUGCAAUGAUUCCAAGCUCACCAUGUGCACUAUGGAAGAAGUAUGCAAGGCCCAGGCAUAUAUUUUGUUUUAUACCCAACGAGUUACUUUAAUGAAUGGACAUUGGAGAAUGUCAAGUCUUGAUUCACCAUCUGGAAAACAGGCAAAUACUGAAGUUAAUGGCUCCAAUGUGAAAAGUAACAGCUAAUUCAAAGCCAAAUUGCUACGUACAGGAUAAGUCUGAAUUGUCACUUGGGCAUGUAUUUAGGCAAGUAAGCGCAAUAAUAUACUAAAUCUGCUUUCUGGAGCCAAACUCUAUUACAUGUUCAGAUCUUUUAUACCUUUUAAACUCAUUCAUGACAGUAACUUCCCAAGUUACUAGCAUAUAUAUAUAUACUCUGUGUGUGUGUGUGUGUGUGUGUGUAGCUAUUGUUAAGAGAAAAUCUUCCAUUUGAAUCUUUAAAUUUUACCUCAAGCUGUUUUUCAGCAUUUUAGUAUUUUGAAGUAGGAAACUUAGAUGAGGAAUAUGGGUGGGCAAAUUCUAGACUAUUUUUAAAUUAAAAGCUGUGUUUUAUACUAGUACUAGCAGUUCUGUGGAUCUUGUCUGCAGGAAUCUGUCUUGUUUUCAUGAUUAAAAGAUAUGAUGGUAACAAAUGUGUUUUUCUUCUGGCCAUUUAAAAUGUUCUCUUUCUUCUGUAUCCAAAGAGUUUGAGUAGUACAAUACUUCUCACAUAUUAAAGCUCUAAAUCAUUAGAAAGAUCAGUAAGAACAUUAGAAUAUUAUCAUUUCCCUAGCCUAUUUAUUGCUUCACUCCAGGAAUACUGAACUAAAUGGAAACCUGUGAGGAAGGUGUAAAUGGCAAUAAUAAUUGCAAAAAAACAGAGCUCAUAGGUUUUCUGCCAGAUUCUGUAUCUAAUCUAUAGAUAGGUAGUCCUUGGCUUACAACCAGUCACUUAGUGACUGAAGUAAUGACAGACCCCCCUUCUGGAUUUGAAGUUCUUACAGUCCCAUUCCCCCCACCCCAAUAGUCAACAUGACUGCAAUUUAUGAUGUUUGUUGCCAGAAACCUGUUUUCUACUGGUUCUGUAAAAAAUGCCCAUUGUGGACAAUGAGUUUGCUUAACAACCAUGGUAAUUUGCUUAAUGAUCACCUCAAAACUAUGUACAAUUGGGUUUAUUGCGUGAUGACCUGCUUAAUGACCAUGACUUAUACUUUAAUUCCAAGGUCAGCUAUGAUCAUAAGUUGAGGAAUAACUACUCUGAUCUGUGACUUGCCAUAGUAAAAUCCAUGGAAGAUAAUAACUCUACUUUUGAUUUUUGCUAUAACAUCUGGAAACAUGGUUGUUUUUGUUUAGUAAGGUUUUACAGUACAGAUGUAUCAGUCAUGUUAUCAACAUAGCAUAGAGUAAUUUUCCUAAAUGCUGUUUAUAGUUUCUAUUGGAAAACAAAAAUUGAGAACAUUGCUCUGUACAUAUUAAUGAAUUUUUAGCCUAGGGUGUUCCCUCCUAUCUAAAUUUAAAGCCCUUUGUGUUCAAUUUUCUUUGGAGUGCUUCAAUUUCAGUUGCUCCUUUAUGUUCAUUUAUCCAAUGCAAAACUGCAGCAUAGGCUAGCUUUGGUAAUUAAGAGGGUCGUUCUGAGCAAAUUGGAGGGAAAAUUAGGUUAUGUCUAGAUUGCAAUACUGUUCGUUGUUCAUACUACUGCAACAAUGAUGCUCAAAUUAAUAUUCUCCAGAACAUAAAAAAAACAUCCAAAAUUGCCUUUAACUUUUUGUCCUAAAUAUGAAGUUAUCUGAACUACAGUUCUCUCAAAUUGUGGAAUUCAAAAAAUUUUCUCCAUGAUUUGGAGAAACCAUUCUCAUCUUUUGUGAAGUAUCCUAUGCAAAAAAGUCUUAAUGGCAAGAAAGGCUGCUAAUACCAUACAUUCGUAUACAGGAACAUUCACUUGGGAAAUAAGCACUCGAGCCUUCUUACCAUUUCUUCUGAAAACAGGUUUGCAAAAAUGACUUUAGAUAUAGUUUAGAUUACAUAGAAAUCUAUUUUAAUUCUUUAUAGGAAACUUUUAAGAAUCAAGUUAGCACUCUUGAAUAACUGAUUUCUUGCCACAGAAUAGAUCCAUAGAAAGCCAAACCCAGGAAGUGUAAUACAGAGGGUCUUUGUCCAAGUUACAGUAAUAAUUACAUUGAAUCUCAUUCUUAGAUUAAAAUAUUUGCUUUGGAUAUCUUAUAGUGGUUAAUUAUGCCUUCCUCUGCAUGUUUCAUGUUACUGGCUAUUGUUUGCAAGGCCAGCCUACUCCAGCAGAUACCUUUUUCUUUUCCAUGUAUUAUUUUCUGCAUCACGCGAGGUAGCAAAAUAUAUAAUAAUUCAGUCUUCAGAACACAGUGGUUCAAGUAAAAGACACAUGGUAGAGCAAGCACACUAAAGAGCAAGUUAUUUGCAGGCAGAUAACAUUACAAAUUUAGAGGGCAAAAGUUCUGUUUUUACCACUUUAAAAGAUGCACAAGAUUAUCUGUAAAUAAAAUAAUGUGAAAGAGGAACAGAACAGAAAUAGAAGAUAUGAAAAAGAAGGAUUUAGUAAGAAAUUAAAAGGACUGAGGAAAAUCUCAAUAGGAAUAAUACAAUGAACAUAAAAGACAUUUACAAUGCAUCGGAUUUCACUUCCACCCAUGCUGAAUUUAUAUUCUGUGACACAGAUUUAAUCUUUUAAAAGAAGCCCUAGUGUCUGUCUGUACAAUCAGUUCAGGUAGUUCUUUUUAGCCUGUGCUUUAACAUUUAGGUUAGCAUAAAUUCCAAAUAUAAAACAUUUCUUUUUAUAUGCUUGCCAAGAAAGAGUUUCACCUUUCUAAGCUUAAGUAAUACAAGUAGCGACAAUAGAUAUUUUAAUUUCAAAGACCUGAUUGGUUUCUCUGUUGCAAAAAAAAAAAAAAAAAAAAAAGAAAGCUAUGGUGUAAAGGAAAGGCUUCAGCUUUCAUGAAAACCUAAAGUCAAAAAUAGCAUGCUUAUUGUUUAUACUUUGUUUUUCAAAAAGUCUUAAACAUAGUGCUGAUUGUUCAGCUGUUUCCAGUUCUAUUUUUCUUUGUAGUAAUACAUACAAAUAUUAAAACUUCUUCAUUUGGACACAUAAGGCCAACACUGAAAGCUGAGUGCAAAUCUUGUAACAGAUACUUCAUUCUAAAUUCCUACUAUAUUUCUCUUAUCCUGGUAUCCUCUUGUUUCUAUUUUUCUUUCUCCUUUUUCCCUAGGAAUUAUGCUUGAUUUCUCAUCAGUUCUCUCCAAGAUUUGUGAAACUUUUUGCAGUACAAUAAGCCAUAUCCCAGCAGCCUGCUGAUUACAACUUGCUUGCAGUCUUUUACAUGUAUACUUUUUCUAACACAAACAAUAAGAGCUCAAUAUUUAAAAUAUUCUUUUAGUGUCUACACAAACAUGGAAAGUUAUUAAAACUGAAGUAUCCUUUCUGGGUUCUUAAGAAUUCAGCAUUAUGUAUUUUUAAUUGCAAUAACCAAGAUUAUUGCUUGGCAAAGCUAUAAUAUACUUAGCAGCUUCAAAAUGCCCAAAUUAAAUAGUACUGCAAGUAAGAAAUCUCUUAAAUAGUUCAUACAAUACUUUAAUAAGCCCUGCAAUUACUACAUCGUAGCUUUACCAACAUAUUUAACAAUUUUAACCUUUGGAUCAACUAUUAAAUGUUCUAUUAAUCAUAUAUGCAAACAUUAUAAGUUGAUUUAAUAUUCCUGGUUUGAACAGAACAAAAAGCAUUAUGCUUCAAACUUUUUAUAUGUUAAGAAUAGAAUGAUUCUGUGUGAUUUUGAUUCGCUUCAGCCAUACUGCAUAGGAGAUGAACUACUUGUAUCAAGCCUUUAUAAGUAAAAAUUUCUAAUAAAUUAAAAAAUAUAGAAGCUCACACUGUAGUUAAUAUAAAUAGCCUGAUAUAGAACAGGAAUAUCAACACUAGCUAGUGUUUAUCAUACAGGAAUGGCAGAGAAUAAACAUACUAGCCUAUUUCAGUGGUAGCCUCCAAAAUUCACUGAAUAGAUCCCACACUUGAAAUUUGAGAGGGUUUUAAUAAGCAAUACAAUAAGCAGCACUGUACUAUUUUAAUAAGCAAUACAGUGCCCAAAAAAAUAAAAUGACCUUUGAGUUUGAUUCCAGGUAACAUCAUGGAUACACCAUUGCAAUUCUCUAUAUUGCACACCACUGCAGUUUUCUAAAAAUACUAUAGAGAUAUUUACACUGGUUUUUUAAAAAAUUCCAAGUCUAAGCCUUGGAUUUACCAUAUGUUGCCCCUUCAGUGCUGCUUAAUUAAUUUUGCAACCAGGUCAAGCAGCUGCAAAAUUCCCUCAAAUUCUAUGCCAGCCCAUCAUGAUUCACCAUUUAUUUCUCUUAAAGCCCUUGUACGGUUAAAAAAGGUACAGCAUUUCAUUGCAAGAAAAAUGACCAGUCCUAGCCCACUCUCAUUAUAUAAAGCAUAUCAGAAAGAAAACCCAGUAAUUUAAUUCGAAGCAAAAUAAGGAAGCAAAAUAAACAUGUACACAAUGUAAUUGAAAACUAAACCAUGAUUUGUAUUUGCUUGCUGUGCUUAUACUGGAAACUUUCUUAACAGCAGGUGGGUUAAUGGGAGAGACUUUCCAGUGUGUUACUGCCUUGGAUUGUGACACUUUUAAAAACUAUUUGAAUUUAUGAUUUAUUGAUUUAUUAAUAAAUUCCAGGCAGU